AUCUUAGGCCGUGCCAUUGUUUUUAAGCUUAUAGCAGCAGAAGAAGAAGCAGCAGCAGCAGCUAAAAGUGUUUACUCCUACGAUAUCGCCUCAGCCUCGGAAAUAGGCCAAGUGAUUGACUGCGUGAGCGUGCCACUAAUUUAGGCCCGAACAGAGAGUUUUAAUCAUUUCCUGAUCAACUUCGAAAGAGAAAAAUGGUUAGAGCUCCUUGCUGUGCGAAGAUGGGGUUGAAGAAAGGGAUUUGGACUCCAGAAGAAGAUCACAUACUUGUCACUUACAUUCAGCAGCAUGGCCAUGGAAACUGGAGAGCUCUCCCAAAACUAGCUGGUUUGUUAAGGUGUGGAAAAAGUUGUAGACUCAGAUGGACAAACUACUUGAGGCCAGAUAUCAAAAGAGGAAAUUUUAGCAAGGAAGAAGAAGACACCAUCAUCAACUUACAUCAAAUAUUGGGGAAUAGAUGGUCACAAAUCGCGGCGAGAUUGCCUGGUCGCACAGACAAUGAAAUAAAAAAUGUAUGGCACACCCAUUUGAAAAAAAAACUGAAAUCGAACCACACCGAACCAGAGUCUAAGCCACAUUUCUACUCUAUCAAAAUGGAGCAAGAGCUAGACCCCGUUGAUAAUUCUUCAUGUUAUGCAAAAUCUGAGAGCUUGGAUUGUGGGCCCGUUUCGCCGUCUCAAUGUACUUCCAGUGGCACGUCAUCUGUUACGACCGGCGACGACGACAACAACAACAACGAUGCAUGCAUGAAAUUUGAUGAUUACCAAACAAAUUUACCGGUAGCGGAUGAUAGUUUUUGGUCGGAAGUCUUAUCAGCCGGGAAUUCUGAUGAGAUUGUGAAUGAGUUUCAGGCAUUUGGUGGUGAUCCACGAGUGAAUGUUGGACCUACUGAUGGUGGUUUUAGUUUAGAUAUGUACAAUGACAACAACAUGGAUUUUUGGUUUAAUAAUUUCCUGGGAGCUGGGGAAAUUCCAGAAUUGUUAGAAUUUGAUAUGUCAAUAAGGAAGGCUGUUUUAUGAUUUUGUUCAUGAAGUUGUGAGUUGGCAAAAAGAAUUUUCUUUUGUUGCUGUCAAUUUCUUUGACCUUUUGAGAUGGGAAUCCAUCGUAUUCAACGCGGCAAAAAUUAAUAUAAUUCUUGUUCAAUUUUUCCGAA